ACAACGUCGCCCCAGAAAAUUGCCAUCCAUCACCGACCGACCGACCCAGUAUAACUUCCUUUUACGACACCGGUAAACUGCACCCAUCAUCCAUCAGACUCAGUGUAGGUCAUCUCAUUCGAAUUCUUUGGUCAACAUGAUGCCAAUCUCCUUCAUGAUGGUCAUUCUUGGUGGAAUAACGAUUUCCCUGGCCACUGCCAUCCCAAAGACUUCCCCCCCAAUGCGAGAGCAGGAUAUUUUCCCUUGCAAUUGUAUCUUUGUGGUCAACAAAUGGAAUUCUGUCCGUGCAGAUCGCAUUGCUAGCUACGAUUGCUGUUAUCUGGCGGGAGGUCGAUGGAACAGCGCAACAUGUCCUUUGAACUAUCGAAACCCGCAAGAAGUAAGACGAUUCUCGAAAUGCUGCGAAAAGAAUGGAGGCCUUGGAUGCAUCUAGAAAGUGAGGUGGCACUUGCGACCCAGCUAAUCUACGGUUCGAUGAGACUUUCAAUUUUACAGCGAGGCCUUUUCUUCGUACACUGCGAACACUCAAGAUCCCGCGUCCGAUGGUCUGCCCUCUGAUAGCGAGAAUCU